AUGUUUGCAGCCACCGGUGGACCGAUGCUGCAGGACUUGAUGGAUUCCGCAGCAGUAAAGGGGCACAGCGAUGGCUGGGCCAGCAGGAUGAGAUUCCUCUUCUGGUCGGAUGGCGGAAGAGGAAGGCCUUUCGGUGCCGUGUAUCGCGGAGUGAAUGAGAUGGAACACUUCGACGCUUCCGGGCAAGUAAGCACGGAAAUGCUCGAGGAGUUCUUAAAGAAUGAGCAUUUGCCGUUGUUUGGGAAGGCGACGAUGGACGACCUGGCGAGUGUCUUUGGCAAAGGUUCCAAGGGCAAUGUCUUUGUGUGCUUCGACCCAGACGCCUUCGAGGCCCAGGCGAAGAAGUAUGCUCGCGCAUUUCAGAAAGUUGCCAAGAAAUGGAAGUCCUACGGAUUCGUCUUCUUCAACGUACGUGAUCCUGUAGCCAAGCUUCUGCAGAUGGACUGCAAGGAAUUUCCCUUCGUCACGCUCAAACUUUUGGCGAAGCCUUUCAGAACCUUCACCAAGUCUUUCGCAAAAGAAGAGCCGACAGAGAAAGUUCUUGCCCAGUUCAUGAAGGAAUCGAUUGAAUCGAACCGGCAGGCCUCUUCUGAGCUUUGA